GUGUAACAACAAAUAGCUGACAUUGUGCUGACAGGCUUUAGUCUCGAAGCUUUCGGCUGUACCGGUGAGUUUUUGGAUUUAUCCGAAAAAAUCAGACUGCAGUGUGGCGCCAUUUUCAUCUGUUUUAAAGAGCAUUAGCAAGAAAUCUCGUGCCUGACACAACCACAACCAUAUGAUGGCUAAAUUCAUUUGUUUAGCUGGGUUUUGUUUGGCAUUCUGUCAUUUUGCAUUGGGUUCUGAUCUCGCAUGCUACUUUACAAACUGGUCCCAGUACAGGCCUGACGUUGGCAAGUACUUGCCUUCAAACAUAGACCCACAGUUAUGCACCCAUUUGAUUUACGCAUUUUCAGUAAUUAAUCAGGCAAAUCAGCUGACCACCUAUGAAUGGAACGAUGAAACUCUCUACCAAUCUUUCAACGGAUUGAAGCAAACAAAUCCUGGUUUGAAAACACUUUUGGCUGUGGGAGGCUGGAACUUUGGCAUAACUCAGUUCAGUGCCAUGGUGUCAACCCCACAAAACAGGCAGACGUUUAUUCAGUCCACCAUCAGUUUUUUGAGGCAACAUGGUUUUGAUGGUUUGGAUCUGGACUGGGAAUAUCCUGGUUCCCGUGGAAGUCCACCAGAAGACAAGCAAAGGUUCACAUUGCUCUGCAAGGAGCUCCUGGAAGCUUACGAGGCAGAGAGUCAAACUACUGGAAAGCCCAGACUCAUGCUCUCUGCUGCAGUGGCUGGUGGGAAAGCGUCUAUUGAUGCUGGUUAUGAAAUUGCAGAAAUUUCCAAGUAUUUGGACUUCAUCAGUGUCAUGACUUACGACUUCCACGGCUCAUGGGAGAGUGUCACCGGACACAACAGUCCUUUGUAUCGUGGGUCUAAAGACACAGGGGACAACAUCUACUUUAAUACCGAUUUUGCAAUGACAUACUGGAGAGAUCAGGGCGCUCCCGUGGAGAAGCUGAGGAUGGGGUUUGCAACAUAUGGACGAACGUUUCGUCUGUCGUCCACGGCUAGUGGAGUGGGAGACCCAGCGGGUGGUCCGGCUUCAGCUGGAACGUACACCAGAGAGGCCGGAUUCUGGUCCUAUUUCGAGGUCUGCACUUUCCUUCAAGGUGCCUCUUUGCAACUCAUCGAUGACCAAAAAGUUCCAUAUGCAACCAAAGAACAAGAAUGGGUGGGGUUUGACAACAAGGACAGCUUUGAGACGAAGGUGCGCUACCUCAAGGACAAUAAGUUUGGAGGAGCCGUUGUCUGGGCUCUGGAUCUCGAUGACUUUUCAGGACAGUUCUGCGGGCAGGGCAAUAACCCUCUCAUCGGUCACCUGCAUCAACUUCUUAACAUUGAAUUCUCUCCAAAUGCAACACAUCACGCUGGUGGGACAACGAAAACACCUUAUGCCCUGCCAACAAAUACAAGACCUAAUGAUCAGCCAGUAAAAACAACACUUCCUCAUGGUCAGCCAACAAAUAUGCCUACAACAAGACCUUAUGUUUUGCCAACAGGUACAGCUGGAGGAAGAUAUUGUGUAGGCCAACCAGAUGGUAUUUAUUCUAACCCAGAUGACACGGCAUCCUUUAUUCAGUGUGCCAAUGAAAGAACAUUUGUUCAGAAAUGUCCUGCAAGAACUAUCUUUAAUACUGCCUGUUUGUGCUGUGACUGGCCUCCUGCGCCUUCUAAUGUGGCUGUGAAUGUGGAGUGACAACCCCAUGUAAUCUAAUGUGUAGUACUGUAACACUCCUGUAGGAGAAAUGUGUGCAAUCUUACUGUUGCAGUGUAUCUGGUAACAGUCACACAACGUGUGCUUUUGAUAUUAAAAUACUUUCUUUAAAUUG